AUGGCUCAACCAAACCCUUACCUCCUUGCUUGCGACAACCCCGCCGCGCUACUGGAUCUGCUGCGCUCCAAUCCCGCAAUCGCAUCCUGCCAGGAUGAGUCUGGGUAUUCGCUUCUACACGCCGCCGCAUCCUACGGUCACAUCGAUCUCCUCCGUGCCCUUGUAAAAGAGUUCAACGUGGAUGUGAAUCUGGUCGACGAAGACGGCGAAACAUGCCUGUUCGUGACCGAACAGCCCAAGGUUGCCCGGUGUCUGGUUGAAGAGCUCGGCGUGGACUUUAACAGGACAAAUAGUGAAGGCAUGAAGGCAUACGAGAAGAUGGAAUCCGAGGAAGAGAACCCCAGCGUGUCUACCUACCUUCGCGAAGUCAGUGGCGCUCCUGCUGCCCCGGUGGACGACUCGCCUGCAGGCCCAUUGAAUGCCCCACCGCCGAUCCCGGGCAACAUGCAGGUCAAUAUUGGUACUAUGUCGGAACAAGAGCUGAAUGAAGGCGAGACUGAGGUGGAUCCCGAGUUUAAGAGACGGAUUGAUGAGCUGGCGGCUCGCGAUGACUUCAACAGCGAGGCCACCCAGAAUGAGCUGCGUGAGCUUGUGAUGGAUGCUAUUGCGAGCUCAAGUAUUGAGACCAAUGAGCGCGAUUCACGCCAAAGGACGGAAUGA